UAUAAACUGCACCUGUCCAACCUGUGCAGCACAACCUCAGCAGCACCUUCAACAUCUGUUUCUCAGCCUGAAGAAGCAACUUCUCCAACCGAAUCAUGAGCAAGAACUCCAUCAGCACCAAUGAGGAGCUUCAUAAGGGCGAUUACCUCCUCAGCAACAACGGCAACUAUAAAGCAGUCUUCCAGAACGACGGCAACUUCAUCAUCUACCAAUGGGCUCCCAAGUGGGCGACAGAUACCAACGACGAUGGAGGAAAUCGAGUCAUCAUGCAGGAUGACGGCAACCUGGCUAUCUACACUGAUGCUAAUAAAGUGGUGUGGGACAAUAAAAUCCACCAGCCUCAGGAUCAAAUGAUGCGGCUGACCUUGACUGAUGAUGGUCGGCUGGUUGUGACUAGAAGUGGUGUCAAGAUUUGGUCGUCCUAAGGUUGGGCCUGAGGUCAUGAGAUGUACAAGCAACAAUGUUUUGUGCUCCUAUCUUUAAAACACACUUUUGGAACGCUCAUCAUGUGUGUGUUCUAAUAAACUUGAUGACUUAC